AUGGCGACUACUAUCAUGAAUCUGGACAGAUAUGUCCGUCCUCGCAACGAUAAUGAUAAUGAUGAUGAUGAUGGUAUAGAUUAUAAUACCUCAAGAAAAUCAAAGAAAUUAAAACUAUCUACAGUAAAUUAUGAUAAAUUCCAACCAGCAAGUAUCGUCAAGAUCAAAUUAGAAAACUUCGUCACUUAUAAAUUAACUGAAUUUAAUUUAUCUCCAUCAUUGAAUAUGAUCAUUGGUCCAAAUGGUUCCGGUAAAUCAACUUUCGUUUGUGCUGCUUGUCUGGGAUUGGCUGGUAAACCAGAAUAUAUCGGUCGUAGUAAAAGAGUGGAUGAUUAUAUUAAGAAUGGGGAGGAUAGAUCCAAAAUCGAGAUUUUUUUGAAAAAUGUUGAAUCAAUGGAUAAGUUGAAAAACUUUAAUAAUAAUAAUAAUAAAAAUAAUAAUAAUGGCGCUCAAGUGGAUUUAAAAUGUGGACAAUUGGAUUUAAUUAAAUUCACAAGAAUUAUUCAUAGAGAUAAGAAAAAAUCUGACUAUUAUAUUAAUGAUAAACCUGUGUCUGAAUUGACUGUGAAGAAUUUAGUCAAGGCCUUGAGUAUUCAAUUGGAUAAUUUAUGUCAAUUUUUAUCACAAGAACGUGUGGAAGAAUUCGCAAGAUUGAAAUCUGAUAAGUUAUUAGUUGAAACUGUUAGAUCUAUUGAUCCAAAUUUGCUAGAUAUCUUGGAAGAAUUAAAAGUUUUACAAAAUGAAGAACAAACAGUGGAAGAUGAAUUGGAAAUCAAACAGAAAAGGUAUACUGAAUUAUGUAAUGAAAGAACAAAAUUGGAAGCUUCAGUUCAAUCUUUGAAAGAAUUUGAAAACAAAAAAUUAGAAAUAGAAUAUCAUAAUAAAUUAUUGCCUUAUGUUAUGAUUAAAGAUCAUAGAGAAAAAUUACAAAAAUUUAAAGGUGAUUAUGAAAUUGCGAAAAGAAAUUUAAGAGAUUUAAUGAAAGAUAAAAAACCAUUCGUCAAGACUAAAUUGGAAAUUGAAGAAAAUCUAAAUGAAAUAGCUGAAGAUAAAAGAACAAAUGAAACUGCACUAGAAAGCUCCAAAGAUGCUUUAUCUAAAACAGUGGAAAAUUUGAAUGCGAUUAGAGAAAGUAUUGUCAAGAAACAAUCUCAAAUUUCUUAUUAUCAAUCUAGAACAAAAAAAUUGCAACAACAAAUCUUGUCAACAAAAUCAGAAUUAGAAAGACAACAAUCAUUGUUUGAUUCUAUGACUCCACCUGAAAUAAGUUUAUUUGAUGAGUUCGAUAAAAAAAGAGAAGAAUUAAUAAAUGAAGAUUUAAAAAUUAAUGAUCAACUUAUUGCAAUUAAAAAUAAAGGUUCUCAAAAUAAUCAUGAAAUUGGUAUGUUAACAAAGAAAAUCGAAAACAAGAAAAAGUCAUUUACAGGAACGGAUAAAAUCGGUGUAUUAAUGAGAAAUUCCAGACCUACAGAUAUUUAUAAUGCGGUAUUAUAUAUUAGAGAAAUUCCAGAAAUGAAGGGCAAGGUCUUAGAGCCACCAUUGAUUAGUGUUUCCGCUAAAAAUCCUCAAUUUGCUUCAUAUUUAGACCAAUGUAUCGAUCGAAAUACCAGUCAAGCCCUUACUUUAAUUGAUAGCGAUUCCUAUGAAAGAUUCAGUGAUGAUAUUUUGAAGAGAUUUAGAGUGAACUUAAGAGAAUUGGAGGAUAUUGACUUAACUCCACCGGUACCAAGAAACCAAUUACAAGAAUUCGGUUUUGAAGGAUACUUAUCAGAUUUCCUUACAGGUGAUAAAAAUGUUAUUAAAAUGCUUUGUCAAAUCAAUAAAUUACAUACAAUACCUGUCUCAAGACGCGAAUUGACUCCAAGCCAAUUAGAAAGAUUAUUACUUCCAGAUCAGAACGGUAGAAUCAUGUUUAGCAAAAUCAUUCACGGACGUAGACAAUUGACUAUCCGACAGUCUAAUUAUACAAAACAAACUUCAUCCAUUGAUUCAAAUAUUUACUCCAAUACAAGAAACUAUCAAUCUUCAGUAAUGUCUGAUGAACAAAAAGAUCGAAUAAAUAAAGAAAUUGAUGAAUUCAAAACAUUAAUCAAGGAAAGACAAUCUAAAUUUGAAACGCUCUCCAAUGAAAGAAGUGAACUAGAACAUCAAUUAAGACAAAUACAAAAUGAAACUGCAAAAGUAACGCAAAAGGGUCAAGAAUUAAAUCAACAACGUGAAAGAUACACCAUGACUCAGACCACUAUCCAAACUUUAGAAACAAAAUUAGACGAAUUAAAACGUGAUGCAAGGAAAGAUGUUUCACAACAUAUUCAUGUUGUUGAAAAGAAAAUUGCUCAAGAAUUAGAACAACAAACAAAGUUAUUAGCUGAUAUGGUGUCUAUGUUAAAGAAAGUGGAUAUUGAUCAAAAGGAAUUAAUCAGACUAGAUAUUGCAUAUUUUGAAGCCAAAAAUAAGGAUAUUACUAUGAAAGACGUUGUUGGAUUCUUCGACGAUAAAGAGCGAGAAUUAAAGGAUGAAUAUGAAUCUAAAAGGCGAUCUUUCACCGAACUGAAGGAAACUUCUGAGUAUCAUACAUGGUUAAGACAGAUUAAAAGUUAUGACGAACCGACAAGGGAUAAGUUAAACGAAUAUGCUGAAAAAUACCAAAACCAAGAUACGUUUAAUGUGGAAUAUAUUACAGAUAUUAUUGAAAGACUUGAAUCUGAGAUUUCAAUGAUAAAUCAUGAUGCAUCUUCUAUUACCAUUCUAAAGAAAGUAGAAACGGAAAUCAAUGAACUCGAACAAACGUUACCCACCAUGACAAGCGGAUUAGCCACAACGAAGGAGAAAAUAAAACAAAAUCGUUUAGAACUUGAACCUGGUUUGGAUUCAAUGAUCAGUAAAAUUUCCAAACAAUUUGCUCUCCUAUUCAAUAAUGUCGGUAGUGCAGGUGCAGUUAACUUAGAAAAACCACAUAGAUUUGCUGAUUGGAAAGUAGAAAUCAUGGUUAAGUUCAGAGAUAAUGCUACAUUAAAGAAACUAGAUUCACAUACGCAGUCUGGUGGUGAAAGAGCAGUUUCCACUGUCCUAUACAUGAUUGCAUUACAAGAGUUUACUGCUGCUCCAUUCAGAGUUGUGGAUGAAAUCAAUCAAGGUAUGGACUCUAGAAAUGAGAGAAUUGUUCAUAAGGCAAUGGUUGAAAACGCCUGUGCGGAAAAUACUUCCCAAUAUUUCUUGAUCACUCCUAAACUAUUGACAGAUUUACAUUACCAUGAAAAGAUGAGAAUUCACUGUGUCAUGGCUGGUUCAUGGAUUCCUAACCCAAGUGACGAUCCGGAAAUGGUUCAUUUCGGCGAAACUUCCAAUUAUAUACUAUAG